UUUACUUUACUGCCGGGUCUCCAACAGUCAAAACAAAAAAGAUGUCGUCUUCCUCCCAUCCCAUCUACUCGAAAAUUUAAACUCCAAGGAUCCAUACAGGCGCUAGCAUUGCUCGAUCGAUCAAAAAAAUGAUAAGAAGUUGGCCGAUUUCAGAACUUAGAUCGAUAGUUAGAGCUUAAAAAAGAGUGAAAAUGGAGUUUACUGAAGCUUAUAAGCAGACGGGUCCUUGUUGUUUCUCUCCUAAUUCCCGUUACAUCGCUGUAGCUGUUGAUUACCGUCUUGUGAUUCGCGACACACUUUCUUUUAAGGUUGUGCAGUUGUUUUCAUGCUUGGAUAAAAUAAGCCAUGUAGAAUGGGCAAAUGAUUCUGAGUACAUCCUUUGUGGUCUGUAUAAAAGACCGAUGAUACAAGCAUGGUCAUUGACUCAACCUGAAUGGACAUGCAAAAUAGAUGAAGGUCCUGCUGGUAUUGCUUAUGCUAGAUGGAGUCCCGACAGCCGUCACAUACUUACCACUUCAGAUUUUCAGUUGAGGCUAACAGUUUGGUCGCUUUUGAACACAGCAUGUGUUCAUGUCCAGGGACCAAAGCAUGGCUCUAAAGGGGUUUCUUUUACUAAAGAUGGGAAAUUUGCUGCGAUUUGUACGAGGCGUGAUUGCAAGGAUUAUGUAAAUCUACUGUCGUGUCAUACAUGGGAGAUAAUGGGUGCAUUUGCUGUUGAUACGUUGGACUUAGCUGAUAUAGAGUGGUCACCGGAUGAUAGUGCUAUUGUAAUAUGGGAUUCACCACUUGAAUACAAGGUUCUAAUUUAUUCCCCAGAUGGGAGGUGCCUAUCCAAGUACCAAGCAUAUGAAAGUGGGCUAGGUGUAAAAAGUGUUUCAUGGUCUCCUUGUGGCCAGUAUCUAGCCGUGGGUAGUUAUGAUCAGAUGUUGCGGGUUCUGAAUCACCUAACUUGGAAAACAUUUGCUGAAUUCAUGCAUCUAUCAACCGUUCGUGGUCCCUGUUGUGCUGCUGUUUUCAAGGAGGUGGAUGAGCCAUUGCACCUCAAUAUGUCUGAGUUAUGUUUGAGCAAUGAAUUUCUCCAAGGAAAUUCUGAUGUUUCAGAAGGACACUUCAGAGUCAUGUACGAGGUUACUGAAGUACCUAUUAGUUUGCCUUUCCAGAAGCCUCCUGCAGACAAACCGAAUCCUAAACAAGGCAUUGGUCUUAUGUCAUGGAGUAAAGACAGCCGAUAUAUUUAUACACGUAAUGAUAGCAUGCCCACUGCUCUGUGGAUAUGGGAUAUACACCAUCUAGAGCUUGCUGCCAUCUUGGUGCAGAAGGAUCCCAUACGUGCAGCAGCAUGGGACCCAACAUGCUCACGUCUUGUUCUCUGCACUGGUAGCUCUCACUUGUAUAUGUGGACCCCUUCAGGUGCUUACUGCGUGAGCAAUCCACUGCCACAGUUUAACAUAAAUGAUUUGAAAUGGAAUUCAGAUGGAAGCUGUCUUCUCCUCAAAGACAAGGACUCGUUCUGCUGUGCGGCUGUGUCCUUAAUGCCAGAAUCUAGUGAAUACAGUUCAGAUGAUUGAGACUUAUCUCCAUCUUUUAGUCUAGAUGGCUUGCGAACUUAGCCAAAAAAAAUGUACUAUAAAAACAGGGCAUCAAUGUUUAACUAUGUAUUCUGAUUCCCUUUAUGUCUGUAACAAGGUAUGUUCGUAGGGCUCCCAUUUGUGGUUGAGAAAUUUUAACAAAAAUUGGUUCGCUAAUUUAAUUUUUUUUAGUGAA